UUAUGAAUGCAGAUCGUAAAAUUAAUACAUGUGAACAGGUUGUUUUGAUACGAACUAAAAUUUCUCUGCACAUUUUAAAAGCAAAUUCAGUGUGCUUGCCGAUUUGCACGUAUUAGCAACAUUUGAGUAUACAUCAUCAGUACAGACUCAAGACUCAUUGCACAUUUUGGAAACACUGAGAUACAGACGAAUGACGCGUUUCGCCGCUGUUUGCAUUCUGGCAGUGUUUGCGAUUACAAUAGAGGCUGCCUUCAGAGUGGAACGAGGUGUCGGGUGUCCCAAAAUGUUCGCAAGCUUCAACGGCAAAGUAAAGUACAGGCGAAAGGGAUUACGGGCUGAUUUCAAGUGUAAAAAGCAGAUGCGACUACAUGGUUCAAAUAAGCUGAAUUGUCUUGAGGAUGGAACGUGGGACGGCGAACAACCGGUGUGCAUUGGCUCCGGUUGUGUUCCGUAUGACACCGGUUCCCAACCUCGUCUCAAUACGAAGGACAGGUACAGCGACGGCUCAUUGAUGCAGUUUUCGUGCACUGGCAAUUACCACCUCGUAGGCGCGGAAGAGGCGUUUUGCAAUGGUUUCGAAUUCAGUGCCCCGCUUCCGUCCUGCGUUGCACCGGACGAUCUGAUGGACUGUGACUUCGAAAACGGACUCUGUGGCUGGACCCAGGAUAAAAAAGACGACCAUGACUGGACGACAAAUGUGGGCCCCACCAGUUCUGCCGGCACCGGGCCUAUGUUUGACCAUACAUUCAUGGCGCACCAAAAUGGUCACUAUCUGUAUUUUGAAUCCUCCGCGCCCACAAUGGCCAACGAUGUUGCGCGCCUUCUUUCCCCAGUAUACACACCGAAGUUUUCGCCAAUGUGCUUUAAUUUCUGGUAUCAUAUGCAAGGGCCACCUGAGACGGGACAUGUGGGUCGACUGGAAGCCUUCAUCAAGGGUGUUGACGAAGACCUGAAAGAUUUGCAGCCGGUGUUCGUGAAGGAAGGGAACCAGGGCGAGGACUGGCACAAGGCGGAUUUCUUUAUCGACACUAGAACAGACUCCUAUCAGAUCGUCAUUGUUGGCACAAGGCUUCUUAGCUACAUUAGCGAUAUUGCGAUCGAUGACUUGAUGCUGUACAAUUGCACUUUACUUUCUACCCCCACUACCACAACCUCUACGAUGUCUACUCCCAGCACGUCUGAAACACCUGAAACACCGGCAAGUACUAAAGUCAGUCGUAAGCCGCCUACAAGAAAACCCCCUGUGACGAAAGCGCCCAAGCCAACACAACCGGUGGUGACUAAAGCCUCCAUAGUAACAACAACCACUGUUGCAACAAAGGCACCAACAAUCAAUAUUGAACACCAAUCUCCUCGCAUAUAUACAACAGCUUCAACUGUAACAGUUGUUGUUCACACGUCAACCACUUUACGACCAGAGGUACCCACACAUGAAACAACAAAUGCUGCGGAAGCAGUCCAAAGAACAAACACAACCUCAAUGACAAAAAAACUAUCAACUGAUUCUAUAACAGAAGAAAUAGCAACUACGCCGAUGGACACAAAUGAAACUGGAGUUACCAAGGUUAUAACAGAAUCAAUAAACGCUUCAGUAAGUUCCAUUUCAUCGGUGUUUACAACUGUUAUACCAUCGUUAGAUAAAAACAACACUUCAUCAUCGCGUACAAUGCUGAACGUAUCAACUGUGACAUCAACAUUUAAGUUUCUGAAUGAGACAACUGCGCCCGAAAAGCCGGUAUUAACCGAUUCAACACCGUUAGCGACAUCAACCAUCAACAACACUGUGAACAUGACAGAUGAACCAUCUUUGACAACAGAAAAAAACAACACGUCGAGAAAUGCAUCAAUAACGACAGAUUCUAUAACAACAGCUAUCGAAACAACACCGCAACCAAAAGCAGCACCUACAACAAUUAAAACGUUUACAGGUGAAGCCCAAUCUUACACAGCUCGCAUAUCAGCAUCUGAAGCAACAGUGCAGCCACAAAGAACAGAGGCUACAACCAAAGUGCCAAGUUCAAACUCGACGACAAUAAGAUCACCUUCCCCAACAAUCGAAGCCCAUUCUUCCACAGCCCGCAUAUCCGCAUCUGAAGCAACAGUGCAGCCACAAAGAACAAAGGCUACAACCAAAGUGUCAAGUGCAGACUUGACGACAAUAAGAUCACCUUCCCCAACAAUCGCAUCUACAAAACCAACGCAAUCUCAAACAAAUCCGAAAACAACAACAACACCAACGACAAGAUCGAAUCUUAGUACUAAAACGGAAUCUGCACUUGCACAAACGACACCAACAGUAAAGCAAUCAAUUGUUAAAGAUGAUAGUCAAUCCACACCUGAAAUACCUGUUUCUUCUACACCGAAACUCAGUACAAAGAAAACUAUAACGAAUGAGAGUACUUCAGCUGCCAGUGCAAAUGAUACACGUGUCUCUGCCACAGAGGAACGUCACGAACACCCUCAGGAUGAGACACUGAAGCCCCUGAUGAUCGGCCUGGGAGUAGGAAUCCUCGUGGGGCUCAUGAUAAUCGGCGUGAUCGCGUGGGUGUGCGUCCGGAGGAGAAAGUUUUACACGAGCCGCUUCGAGGACGAACUGAAGCCAAUCACGAACUCAGCCUCGCUUCAGAGCCUGAAUAACGGACAGUUUUAUGUGGAGGAAUACCACGAUCUUGAAGACCACGAAUCAGAGUCCUAAUAUGUAUGAUAAUGUUAGGAAAUUACGAAAUUGUAUAAUAAUGUUAGAGGAGUCAUUAGUUUAAUAAUAAUGUUAAGUGAGGAGGUAUAAUGUUAAAUAAUAAUGUAAUGAGAGUCAGAAUGUGUACCCUAAUGUUUGGAGAGUCAUGUCUCUAUUAUGCUGUUGACGUUGUCUUUUGUAUAAUUAUCGUAUUAUAACUGAUGUCGGAAUCUCAAAUUGCAUCAGAUGAUAUAUCUCUCUUGUU